CCGUCGAACCUCAGAUUGUUGUUUUCCACCGCUCUGCCUCCUCGGUUAAGCAGUCAAGGUCCGAAUGCGUCACCAAGAAAAGAGUCAUACCGAGACGACGAAGUGUAUGGGUCCAUAACCGACUCUCCCUCCAUGAAUGUCGCCGCAAUAUGAGAUCUGAACCGUCUCUCUUUCUCCUACACCUCGCGUAAACAUCCUCUGUGGCCCUCGAAUCGACACCAUGGACGACGACUUCGCGGAGCUCGAGCUCCUCUCCCUUGUGUCCAAGGUCACCUCCGAGCUCCAUAACCAUUUAGGCGUGUCCGAAAAGACUCUAGCCGAGUUCAUCAUUGCCAAACGCCUGGAAUGUACUGGGGUUUCCGAGUUCAAGGAUAAGUUGGCCGAGUUGGGCGGUGCGAGCUGGCCUGAGAGUCUGAUUAAGAGUAUUGAUCGCCUGGUCCGAACCAUGCACCCUAAAUUAAAGGCCAGCAAAGGGGCCGAAAAGGAGGAGAACGAGCCAGCUCGGUCCCUCGAAGAAAAGGAGACGCUCUUCAAAGGUCUGAGCAUCCCGGACCGGGAGAUCGCCCGCGAAGGCGGAGAUAGGGAUGCUAUAGACGAGACGCUGGCGCUUCUAGAAGGCCUAGAGAAUAAAAAUAGAGACGAACGCGCGGAGAGAUUGUCCAGGAAACGGACCCGUGGUCUCGAAAGCGAGGAUGGUUUCGAUUCGAGACGUGGAGGGGAUGCAAAAUCUCGAGAUCAAAGCCGCAGAGACCGGGACUGGGACUACGGCCGCGAAAGCGAUUACCGGAAACGCCAUCCCGAAUCCCGAAUUCGAGACGAUGAGCACGACGAGUACCAGUCAUACCGUGGUAAUCGAAGAGAGAAGAAGCGCAAGCGCGAUAAUGACGACGACGACGACGACGGCGGCAGUAUGUUUCGACAGGCUCCCCAACUCGAGCUUGACGACUCACCGGUGCUAUACAAGAUCUAUGAUGGUCAGGUUACAGGCAUUAAGGAAUUCGGCGCGUUUGUCAAUUUACAUGGCGUUAGGGGCAAGGUGGACGGAAUGGCCCAUAUCUCAAAUCUAGUCCAGGGCCAGAGAGUCAACCAUCCCUCGGAUCUCCUCUCAGUGGGCCAGAAUGUCAAGGUCAAAGUCAUCAAUAUUGAGCCAAAGCGAAUAGGACUUUCCAUGAAAGACGUCGACCAAGAAACCGGCAUGGAUAUGACGCCUCAGGCCCGGAUACAAUCGGGUGCGAAUAUGGAGAGCCUUGGCAGUCGAAACGGCGCAGCUUCGCGCAACGACGACAAUCUAGCCUCUCUGUCGAACUAUCGCGGUGCCCCGAGGCAGCAUAAGAAGAGAAUGACGUCGCCGGAGCGCUGGGAGAUCCGGCAGCUCAUCGCUUCUGGAGUGGCGAAAGCCUCGGAUUAUCCCGACCUAGAGGAGGAUUACAAUGCUACUCUUAGGGGGGAAGGCGAGAUGGAGCUGGAAGAAGAAGUCGACAUUGAAGUUCGAGAAGAAGAGCCGCCGUUCUUAGCAGGCCAAACGAAACAAUCAUUGGAAUUAUCACCCAUUCGAGUUGUGAAGGCCCCAGACGGAUCAUUGAAUCGCGCAGCCAUGUCCGGGACGGCGUUAGCAAAAGAGCGGAAGGAGUUGCGUCAGCAGGAGACCGAAACUACUGAAGAGCAAUCUAAGGUGGACCUUUCGUCUCAGUGGCACGACCCCAUGGCCGACCCAGACAGCAGAAAAUUUGCUAGUGACCUACGCGCCGCAAAAUCAAUCUCCCAAAAGCCCGACAUUGUUCCCGAAUGGAGGCGUGUUGUGGCACCCAAAGACCAAUCAUUCGGCAAGCGAACUACGAUGUCGAUCAAGCAGCAGAGGGAAAGUCUCCCCGUCUUUGCCUUCAGGAACCAGCUCAUCAAGGCCGUCAAGGAGAAUCAAAUCCUCAUCGUCGUUGGGGAGACCGGAUCCGGUAAAACGACCCAGGUCACGCAAUACCUCGCCGAAGCCGGCUUCACGAAUAGCGGGAUGAUAGGUUGCACGCAACCACGUCGAGUGGCCGCUAUGUCGGUUGCAAAGCGCGUGGCUGAGGAAGUCGGUUGUCAGCUAGGCCAAGAAGUCGGUUAUACCAUACGCUUUGAGGACUGUACGAGCCCGGCUACCAAGAUCAAGUACAUGACGGACGGUAUGCUGGAGCGUGAGAUCUUGCUCGAUCCCGACCUGAAGAGGUACUCGGUAAUCAUGUUAGACGAAGCCCACGAGCGCACUAUCGCGACUGACGUUCUCUUCGCACUCCUUAAGAAGGCAUUAAAACGACGGUCUGACCUCAAGGUCAUCGUUACGUCCGCUACUCUGGACGCCGAUAAGUUCUCGGCAUACUUCAACGAGUGCCCCAUCUUUACCAUCCCAGGCCGCACAUUCCCCGUAGAGAUACUGUAUAGCAGAGAGCCUGAAUCCGACUACCUCGACGCCGCCUUGGUAACGGUCAUGCAGAUUCACCUUACAGAGCCUCCUGGAGACAUAUUAGUUUUCCUCACUGGCUCGGAGGAGAUCGACACCGCCGCAGAAAUAUUAUACGAGCGAAUGAAAGCCUUAGGCCCAAGCGUCCCGGAGCUGAUCAUUUUACCGGUAUACUCAGCGCUCCCUAGCGAGAUGCAAAGUAGGAUUUUUGACCCCGCGCCUCCUGGCAGCAGGAAGGUUGUGAUAGCUACGAACAUCGCGGAGACCUCUAUCACCAUUGAUCAUAUCUAUUACGUCGUCGACCCUGGCUUCGUUAAACAGAAUGCCUACGACCCGAAGUUGGGAAUGGAUUCCUUAGUCGUCACACCCAUCUCCCAGGCCCAAGCGAACCAACGUGCCGGCCGUGCCGGGCGAACCGGCCCGGGCAAAUGUUUUAGGUUAUAUACCGAAGCCGCAUUCCAGUCCGAAAUGCUACCGACCACCAUCCCAGAGAUUCAGCGCCAGAAUUUAGCGAAUACCAUUCUCAUGUUGAAAGCCAUGGGCAUAAACGACCUCCUUCAUUUUGAUUUCAUGGACCCGCCUCCUACCAAUACGAUGUUGACGGCUUUGGAGGAGCUGUACGCCUUAUCGGCUCUAGAUGACGAGGGUUUAUUAACACGCCUCGGCCGCAAAAUGGCUGACUUCCCGAUGGAACCUGCCUUAGCAAAAGUUCUGAUCGGAGCGGUCGAUAUGGGUUGCUCCGACGAAGUGCUUAGUAUCGUUGCGAUGUUGAACUUUCCCAACAUCUUUUAUCGGCCUAAGGAAAAGCAAACGCAAGCCGAUCAGAAGAAAGCCAAGUUUCACGACCCACACGGAGAUCAUCUUACCCUUCUCAACGUUUACAACGCUUGGAAGCAGAGCGGGUAUUCGGCGCCAUGGUGUUUCGAAAACUUCAUACAGGCGCGGUCGAUGAAACGCGCAAAGGAUGUCCGCGAUCAGCUUGUGAAGAUUAUGCAGCGUUACCGACAUCCUAUCACGUCUUGUGGCCGAGAUACGCAGAAGGUCAGGCAGGCCCUAUGUUCAGGAUUCUUCCGAAACUCGGCGAGGAAGGACCCUCAGGAAGGAUACAAGACGCUGGUCGAAGGCACUCCAGUUUACCUGCAUCCAAGCUCAGCCUUGUUCGGAAAGCAAGCUGAAUGGGUGAUAUACGAUACGCUGGUUCUCACCACGAAGGAAUAUAUGCAUUGUACGACGAGUAUUGAACCGAAAUGGCUUGUAUCGGCCGCCCCGACCUUUUUCAAGGUUGCCCCCACAGACAAGCUCAGCAAGCGCAGAAAGGCCGAGAGAAUCCUACCCUUGUACAACAAGUAUGCGUCUGAGGACGACUGGAGACUAAGUGCCCAGCGGAAAGUUGGGCGCUCCGGCGGAGGCGGGGGUACUUGGGGAUAGAGGAACCUAGGCAUAUUGCGUGCCCGAAUGUUAAAUAAGUGGUCUAGAUAUCUAAUUGCUCAUCGAUUUCCAUAGCCUAAAAUAAGUGAAGCAUAUUCUGCAGUAUA